GUCGCGCGCGGCACGCUAUCUUUCGUUCGCGCGCGUGUGCAUGGGAGGGAAACGACGAGUAGAGGAUUCAGCUGGUAGAUUCGUCAAGAAAAUCUGAUGGAAAUGUGCAUCACGUGACGUGCAUGGAUUUUCUUUUUUUUUUUGUUUUCUAAUAGAAUAAUGUUAGAACUCUACGGGGUGACCGGCGAUGGUAUGGGUUACCGGCUUCAACCGCCACCGCCACCCCGACGUGUCAGUACGCUACAAGCUGAACAACUUGUCGCACUAGAGACGUGCCUGCAGCUGUCGUCGCCGGAGCUGAUGAGAAAAGUGCCGGUAGCAUCAGUAACACCCCAACAACUGCUUCGAGGUCGACCGCGAGAGCCGACAGAGUUACAGCGUGUGGUUUCAAGCUGCGAGCCUACCAUCAUUGAACCCGAGACUAAGAUUCAGCAACAAGACGAUAUCGACGAGGUCGAAUCGGCCGCCUCGACGAGAGAUAACUCAACAGUGAAGCAGCAGCGCAAAGGUGGCCACAACUGUGCUCUUCGUCUUGGGCUGGUACUGCUGGUCUGUGCCUUAAUCGCCGGUAUCGGAUUGCCUUUGGCCCUGGAGUUACGCAGCUCGAAUCUGCUCGAGGCAAGGCUACGUGUCGUCAGGAAAAUCCUCUCGAAAACUCCCCUCAUCGAUGGAUCCAACAAUUUCGCCUGGAAUCUUCGAAAGCAGCGGGGCAGCACGCGACUGCGCGACUUUCCGUUCGACGAGGAUCUGUCGCAGAACGCGUCGUGGGGCCCAAGUUGGCAAACCGACCUCAUACGUCUGCGACGCGGCAUAGUGGGCGCACAAUUCUGGUCGGCUUACGUGCCUUGCGAGGCACAGUUCCUCGACGCGGUGAAGCUCACCCUGGAACAGAUCGACGUGGUGAGGCGGCUCUCCGCCAAGUACGCGAGGAAAAUGCGCCUCGUCACCUCGAGCAAGGAACUCGAGCAAGCUCACCGCGACGGCGUUAUCGCUAGUCUCGUUGGCAUCGAAGGCGGACACAGCAUCGGCGCUAGCAUGGCUGUACUGCGUAGCUUUCAUCAUCUGGGCGCCAGAUACAUGACUCUCACUCACAAAUGUAAUACCCCAUGGGCGGACGCAGCAAUAGCCGACGACCCCGACAAGGAUUUGGUGACGCUGGGCUUCUACAGCGACGGACUGACGAAUUUCGGCAAGGCAGUUGUGCGCGAGUUGAAUCGGCUGGGCAUGCUGGUCGACUUGUCGCACGUGUCGGUGCACACGAUGCGCGACGCACUCGCCGUGUCGACGGCGCCAGUUGUGUUCUCGCACAGCGCCGCUCGGGCACUCUGCAACUCUUCCAGCAACGUGCCCGACGACGUACUUCGCAAUCUCACGCUGAACGGUGGCUUGGUGAUGGUGAGCUUCGACAGCGCUCACCUCAGCUGCGGAGAUAAGGCGUCAAUGCACGACGUCAUCGCUCACAUCAACCACAUAAAGACGGUUGCUGGCGUCGACCAUGUUGGGCUUGGAGCCGGAUACGACGGAAUAUCGAGUCCACCGACGGAGCUGCCAGACGUGUCGGGUUAUCCAUUGUUGCUGGCAGAGCUAACGCGAGACAGAAGAUGGCCAACGUCGGACAUCAAGAAACUGGUAGGUGGCAAUCUAUUGCGCGUGCUCAAGGAGGUCGAGAGUCAUGCGUCCAGUCUCGCCAACCAGAGCCCCGCCGAGGAGUGGAUACCGAGGGAACUCAUAGAGGACACCGCCUACUGCAGGUAUCUCGGGCCUUAGACUACUGCGGCCGUUCUCUGAUUUACGGCGAGCUGCGCUAGUUUCCCCGCUCGAUGUUUGCCGAAGCAGCCCGCGCCCGACUGACUUUCUUUCUCAGAGAAAAGUAAACGAUUUCUACAUAUCCGCGUGCGCAAUACAUCGCGAUGUCAAGACUGAAGCAGUGUCGCUAAUCCAAUUGCCAAAAAGAAACAUUGUAUUACGCCGAGGAAAAACGUCGUGACGACGAGUCCUGGGCUCGCAUAAACAGCUUGUAUCAGCAGUUCGACCAACUAUCGCCAAUUUAGUUCCCUGUCGGCUUAAAAAGCAGUUUGAUUUAUCGAUGAACCACCACGAGUAAUCGCGAGUCGUACGCAAGCAUCACCAAGUAGAGCGGGAAAACUGGGGGGACGAGGCCGCGCAUUCGCAUGGCAAAUGUCAGUGUUCUCUCGUCCUCCCCCUUCUUUUGACGAAUUAGACAACGAGAUACCUUACAUUUGCCGAGGGAACUUGUCAAACAAUUUGUAAAUAAGAAUAUGGCAAAUCGGCUCGAUGCCGGUUUAUCUCUGUAAAGAAAACAAUUAAUGAUAAUUGCGUUCGCAAUUAAACAAAAAUACGCACACGCGAGGAUGCGUACUUUGCAUUGUUACAUUGUCGUUUCUGU